AUGAGAUACUCGGCAUACAUGGAGCAAUGCGUGCGCGAACUCGAGGACGCCAAGGAGCUAGAAUCUGACAUGCAUGUCAUCUACAUGGUGCGGAUACAACGACUCGCGGAAAGGAUCUCACAGAUCCGGGGCAACGAAGACUGGGAUGACGGAGUGGGUGUUCCCAAAGCACCAAUCUCCGCGUACGCAUCAAGCUUCCAGGCCGAGCUAGACAAGUUGGAGGCCCAGAUGCCUCGAAGCCUGCAAAAGAAUCGUCAGUACCGAGUUUGGUUUAUCCUCAUGGUCAUCGCUAAUAAGCUCCCAGAUUUCCUCCGAGUUCAGAUGGCGACCGCCCGCCUCCGACUCUACGAGCCCCCCACAAUCGACGCAGACCUCCUGGAAUCCCUCUCAAAGUCUCUCGCAUCGUUGAGUUCUGGCCACAACUCUGCCUUGAAUGUCUUCUACCAGGCGAAUGCCGCCCUAAAAGCAUGGUUCGAGACCUGGCUAGCCAUCCCGGUCCCGGCAUUCUACCCAUGUCCCCUGCCAAUGGCGUCACAAUUGAUGUUCGCAGUGGUAAUGAUGAGUCGCUGGGCAUGGCUCGCCGCGAGCAACGACACUCCACCGAGUAAAAGGACGGUCCGCGAUCCGUCUACCGGGGACCCAAAUGUAGCGCUGGCAGUCAUGGAGGCGGCGAUUAAUCCUAAUACUCCAGUUUCGGCCUCAACGCCGUCAACCAAUGCCAGGGGCACACCGUCUUGGGACGCCGAGACAUCGUCGGAUAUGAAGCUGCCUCAGGUACUUGCCGAGUUAAAGACACAACUAUCAAGACAGCCAGAGCUCAUGAUCGACGUUGCGGAUAUUCUCAACAGGGUGGCCGAACAACUCGAGGAAGUGGACGCCGCGAUGGCCGCCGUGUCGGUCGAUUCCGGCCCGUGGCGGGGGAACAUCUGGACCUUGGGGGCGACCAAGGUGCGGAUCGCGCAGAUCAGGCAGAAGAGGUGGUCCGACACGAUAUCCAAGGGGUACGAAGAGAGCGAAGAAGGGGACGAAGAGGACGAGGCGGAAGAGGAUCAGCAGGCCGGGUUCGGGGAGGUUCAGAUGCAGGACAACCUCGCGGGUAAUGUCCCGAUGGCAGACAACUGGUAUUUCGACUCUGGCUGGGGGCCGACCUUUUACGACGUCGUCGAUCCGUCGCUCUUCGUCGACGGCAUGGCUGGGCCGUCGGGGGAUUGGGCUUCUGCUGCGUUGGAGGGCAUGGCGCCGCCGCCGCCGAUGGACCAACUCGGCGUGCCACAGGCUCCAGGGCAUAAAUAUGUGUGA